CUGAGGAACGGUCGAGGGGCGAGGCAGUCAGUGUGGUUAGCGCAGUGGCAGGGUCUGGGUGUAUAAGUACCAUCACCACCACCACCACCACCACCACCACCACCACCACCACCACCAAUAUUAUUAGUGUUACUGUUGCUGGUUAAAUAAUUGGUUGAAAUGACUUCAGUGGCCCAUUCUCCCGGGGCCUGCACCUCAUUGGCUGACUUAGAUGCUAUAACAGACGAGGAAAGACUAAGAUGCAUGUGGCAGCAGGCGGAAGACUUCGGGGAGCGGCGCCGCAUCAGGGCACGCAUGUACAAGCUGAAGGAGCAGCGGCUGCGAGAGAUGAUGCAGAAUGACGAGGAGAGUCUGGGCGCCCUGGCCGUCACGGAGGAUGGCGGCCUCAGCGGGGGCGAGGACUUGGCCUCCUCCCCCGCCCCUGUCAGACGGACUUCAAAUAUACAGGUGACCAUGCACGUGGAGGGAGACACAGCCGUGACGGACUCCAUCUCGACACAGAACGUGCGGCUGGGCGGCCUGACGCUGCGCGGCGUGGAGGGCGUGGAGGGCGUGUCGGCGGAGCAGGUGAUCGCGGAACACAUGCGCAAGGCGAGCGAGGACCGCGGGGGCCGGUACCAGCGCAUCCUGGGUGAGCUGAGUGACGGCGAGGGGGACGCCGUGGUGAGCAUCACCAAGAACACCUACUCCAUCCAGUCCAACGCGCUGGCCGGCGAGGGCUACAUCUCCCUCAAGAACAAGGAGGUGCGCGACUCAGUGUCGCCCACGCGCGUGCUGCGGGAGCGCCGCUCCUCCGCCGAGGACGAGAACUCCGCCACCGAGGGGCGCCUCACCUCAGACGACGAGGCCGUCCUCAGGGCAGAGAGCGAGAACGUGAUCCAGGAGCUGAACAAGUCCAGAACCACCACCACCACCACCGCCUCCUCCACCUCCUCCUCCAGGAAGACCUCCAGGGAGGAGAAGUCCUCCUCCACCACCGCCACCACCCGCGCCACCCGCGGCAGACAGUCUGAGAUUCCCGUGCCCCGCGAGACUGCCACACGCAAGGUGUCUGAGAGGAAGCUGUCCAGGGAGCUGGACCUGGGCUCCGGCAGGCGCGGCGGCGGCGGCAGCGACAAGGCGUCCCCCACCUCCCCCACGCGCCGCACGCCCGGCGAGUCCUCUCCGCGCGGCCACGCCUCCCGCAGGACGGGCGCGCAGAAGGAGGUGCCCAGUCCCGGCUCGGGCCCCGCCUCGCCCAACAAGUCCCCGACGCGCGCCGCCACCACCAGAGGCACCACCACCACCACCACCACCAGCACGACCAGCAGCGGCAGCGCCGCCGCCCGCAAGGCGGAGCAGUUGGCGGACAUCGAGUCCAAGAUGGAGGCGAGCAUCAUGUCUGAGCUGGACAAGCUGGACACGUACCUGAGCGGCGGCGCGGACGAGCAGGACGAGGUGGUAAUGGAGCACGAGGAGGACGUGGUGGACGAGGCGGGCCACGUGGUGCGCAUGCUGGUGCAGACACGGCGCAAGAAGGACGGCAGCGAGUGCACGGCGCGGCGCGUGGCGCGCUCCGCCAAGCUGGUGGACAGCGAGGGCGAGAUUGACGAGAUCCUGAUCGGCAACCCUGACCACGAGGUGCUGCAGCGCGACGUGGCCGAGGAGGAGGACGAGGAGGGCAACAAGAUCCGCAUCAUCACGGAGACGCGGCGGCGCCCAGACGGCAUCACCUACACCACCAAGAACGUGCUCAAGACCUCCAAGAUAUUUGACUACGACCACCCCGAGGACGUGGCCUACAACGAGGACGACCAGCUCAUCUCCACCAACGAGACGGAGGAGACGGACGAGCACGGCGCCACCAUCCGCACCGUGACGGAGACGCGGCGCAAGGGCAGCGGCGUGGAGUACACCACCAAGAAGGUGUACAAGACCUGCAAGGUGAAGACCACGCGCAUCACGCCCUCCGACGACGACGAGGUGCUGGACACGCGCGAGACCGAGGAGAAGGACGAGGAUGGCUCCACGGUGCGCACGGUGGUGGAGACGCGGCGCACCAAGGGCGGCGAGGAGUACACGCACCGCCAGGUGUUCCGCUCCCGCCGCAUGACGCUGUCCGCUGUGGACGUGCAGCGCGGCCUGCCCGCCAUGGACAACGACGACGAGGUGGUGACGCGCCAAGAAAAGGAGGAGCCCGACGAGGCGGGGCGCACCGUGCGCGUGGUGACGGAGACGCGGCGGCGCCCUGACGGCUCCACCUACUCCUUCGAGUACGUGAUCCGCAGCUUCCAGGGCACCGAGGACGAGGUGAACAGCAUGCCCGUGGGCGGCGGCGGUCCCAGCGGCAUCGCGGUGUGCUCCGAGGACGAGCUGCUGAAGGAGGACGUGAAGGAGGAAGUGCUGGAGGACGGCACCACGGUGAAGACCAUCGUGGAGCGGCGCCGCGCCAAGGACGGCACGGAAUACAUGCGCCACCGUGUGAUGCGCAUCCCGCGCAUGCCCGAGCCCGUGCUGCAGGUGGCGCGCCCCGAGGACGAGGUGCUGCAGGAGGAAGUGAAGGAAGAGACUCUGCAGGACGGCUCCCACCGCCGCGCCGUCACGGAGCGGCGCCGCAGCAGUGUGUCUGGCGUGCAGUACACGCUGCGCCGCACGUCGCGCGUGUACCAGCCCCACGCGCUACACCCGCACGGCGCGGGCCACGAGAUCCUGGACGAGAACGAGACGGAGGAGGAGACAGACGACGGCACCGUGGUGCGCACAGUGAGCCAGCGCGUGCAGCGCCCAGACGGCUCCGUGUACACCACGCAGCACGUGCAGCGCACCUUCACCACGCCCACGCCCAUCACGCUCACCGGCACCGAGGACGACGAGCUGCUGGACCGCCACGAGGACGAGCACGAGGACGAGGACGGCAGCGUCACCAAGACCAUUGUGGAGACGCGCCGGCGCGCUGAUGGCGUGCAGUACACUGUGGAACGCGCGGAACGUACAGCGCGGCGCGGCCACGAGGUUCAGGUGACCCUGAGCACCGGAGGGCGACGUCCCGGGCGGCCCGAGGACGUGGUGGUCGUCGGCAGCCCCGAGGACAGCGUGGUGAGCGCCGAGGAGCACGAGGAGGAGGAGGAGGACGGCAGCGUGGUGCGCACCGUGGUGGAGGUGCGGCGCCGCGUGGACGGCACCGAGUACACGUGCCGCACAGUGGUGCGCUCCGCGCCCCUGCUGGUGCCGGAGCGCGAGACAUCCUUCGUGGUGAUCCGCCCCGAGGGAGGCGACGACGAUGAGGCGGGCUUCUUCCCCUCCCAGGACGACGAGGUGCUGCUGACGCGGCAGCGGGAGGAGCCCGGCCCGGACGGCAAGCCGGUGCCCGUGGUGGUGGAGACGCGCCGCAGUCGCGCCACGGGCGAGCGGUACAACGUGACCAAGCGCGUGCACACCACAGACGUGCUGCUGACCGAGACCGGCGAGACUACCCUGCCGCGAGGCCUCGUCAAGACCACGCUGCUCGCCAACGUGACGGCGCCCUCUGCUGCGCCCUCCGCGCCCGCCUCCUCCAGGACCACGCCCGCGCCCACCAAGACCACGCCUGCACCUACAAAAACCACGCCCACCAAGACCACGCACGCCCCCAAAACCACCCCCUCCACCACGAGGACCACCCCCUUCACCUCGAGAACCACCCCCGCCACCCCUAAGACCACCCCUGCCACGCCCAAAGCCACCACCCCUGCCACCCCUGCCACGCCCAAAGCCACCACCCCUGCCACCCCUGCCACACCCAAAGCCACCACCCCUGCCACGCCCAAAGCCACAACCCCUGCCACCCCUGCCACACCCAAAGCCACCCCAGCAGCCCCUGCCACCCCUGCCACGCCCAAAGCCACUCUUGCCACCCCUGCCACGCCCAAAUCCACCCCAGCAACCCCUGCCACCCCGGCAACCCCUGCCAGCCCAGCAACCCCUGCCAGCCCAGCAACCCCUGCCUCGCCCAGAGCCAAGGCCGUCAGCCCUGCCAGGCCCGCCAGUCCCAGGGCCUCCCCUGCCAGGCCUUCCUCCCCCGCCAGGCCUUCCUCCCCCGCCAGCAUGUCCCCGGAGCGGCCGCAGGCGGAACCGGAGCAGGAGGAGCCAGACCACAUCCCCUACGGCUCCGUGUCGGCUCUCAAGAACCGGUUCGCUCCCGCCGGCAGCGCCCCGAGGCCAGACAGCGGCGAGCCCCGCCCGUCCUCGCGGCCUGACCGCACCAACACGCUCAGCAAGAAGCGCUUCUUUGAAGAUGCCGCCAAGGCCGCGGGCGAGACCCCCGCCUCCCCCAAGAUGCCGGUGCGGCGUCCCCUCGCCCCCGUGGAUAAGGAGCAGCCCCACGACGAGCCCACCCCUGACCUGGACGAGGAGAUCGCCCGCCUGGAGGAGAAGGAGGAGCUGCGCCACCGCCAGGAGCAGCCGCACUCAGAAACCGAGGAGGAGCCCGAGGAGCCCGCGGUGGAGGAGGAGGAGGAGGAGGAGGAAACCUUCUCCCCGUCUGAGGAGGAGCCCCAGGAGGCCCCAGCCCCAAGGAGCGAGCCCGCGAGGAAAGCACCAGGGACACGCCCGGGGCAGCGGCCCAAGAGGGUGGUGGAGGACGCCCCCAAGAAGCGGCGGGAGGUGAGCCCCAGGAAGGUGGAGGAGCCCCGACGUGCGCCAGCCACCACCAGGAAGGCGCCGCCCCAGGACGACUCGCCCACACGCAAGGCGCCCACCCAGCGGCGCCCCGCCAAGGCCUCGCCAUCCUCCCCACAGCGCGGCCCAUCCUCCCCGCAGCGCGGCCCAUCCUCCCCGCAGCGCGGCCCAUCCUCCCCGCAGCGCGGCCCAUCCUCCCCGCAGCGCGGCCCAUCCUCCCCGCAGCGCACCCCUAGCUCGCCGGAGCGUGCCAGCCGCGAGGUGACGCCCGGGCGCGGGUGUUGCAAGAAGCAACCCGAGGAGCCCACGAGCCCCACCAGGAGCCCCACCAAGGCGCGCCCCUCCUCCCCCAGGAAGGCUGGCUCCCCAGAGAGCAAACCCCGUGUGAAUGGCGAGGCGCCGCGCACGCCCAGCGACACGCGCCUCAAUGGGGAGCGCGGACCACGAGGACGUCGGCCCGCAGAGCGCCCCAGCGAGCCUGAGCGCGGCACGGUGCGCCCCUCGCGGCUCUCGCAGACCCCGCGCAAGGCUGCUCCAGCAACGCGCUCCCCCGACAAGCGCGAACCCGCCACGCGCCCCGCCACCACGCGCCACGCCGACAGGAAGGGCCCCUCCAAGCCGGCAGAGAGGAGUCCCAAGGGGCGCCAGCCCGAGGCCAAGGCCACCCUGGCAGUGCCCGAGGACAAGACGCCCGUCAUCACCAUGCCGGAGACGCCCAUGACGGAGGACAUGAAGCCCCUGCCUGCCGAGGACGCCGAGGGUCCCGAGAUUGAGGACGUGUCUGCGGCGCCGGACCUGCCCUACCACACCGUGCACCGCCCCUCGCUGGUGCGCGAGCCCUCAGAGUACCCUGAGCAGGACGCCCCAGAGGCGCCCACUGACUCCUCCCCUGAGGAUGCGGAGGAGCCAGAGCCGCGGGAGCGCCGCCCCGAGAAGAAGGCGCCCCGCAAGGCCCCGGAGAGCCCCGCCAAGGAGGAGCCGUCGCGGACACGCAGGACGCGGCCCAUGGAGCCACGCCUCAGCGACAAGUCCCUCACGCCCAAGGACAAGAAGGCGCCGCAGGAGCCGCGCCGCGCGACCAGGGACCGCCCGUGGCUCAUCGAGAAGCGCAACUCCUUCGAGAAGAAGCCGAGCGAGGCCAAGACGACGCCGCGCGGCCCAGAGAAGCGGCGCCCCGCGGAGCGCCGCCCCAGCGAUGAGGCGCCCUCGUCCGCUCCGGCCCGCGAGGAGGCCCCCGAGGAGCCGCAGGCGCCCUCCACCGACAGCGAGCCUGAGGCGGCGCUGCCCCCGUCCCCGCCUCCCUCAGAGGAGGCGCCGGAGGAGCCGCGCCGCGCUGCGCCUCUGGAACAGCAGCCGGCAACUCGCCUGCCUCGCGAGGUGGAGCGCGCCCCGGCGCCGGAAAGGACCACCACCACCACUCUCACCACCGCCACCAUCAGCACGGGCGGCAGCAGCGUGGCGGCCAGACGGUCUCUGUUCACCCGCGGUGCCGCGCAGCCCGAGGCGCCUCAGCCAGAGACGCGCCCUGACCGCCCUGGACGCAAGGCUUCCUACGAGAUGAAGGAGUCCGUGUUCUCGCGGCGCUCAAUCUUCGAGCAGCCCAAGGCAGAGCCCUCGCCCGCGCCCCUGCGCCGCCCGCUCUUCAAGACGCCGCUCAGGAAGGAGCCGGAGCCGCGCCAGCCCCAGGAGGAGCCGCGCCAGCCUGUGAAGGAGGAGCCCAUCAAGGAGUCCCCACGCCAGCCCCUGCAGGAGGCACCGGUGAGGGAGGAGCUCCGCCAGCCCAGGAAGGAGUCCUUCAAGUCCCCCGAGUCCCUGCGCCAGCCCAUCAAGGAGGAGGAGCCGCGCCACCCAAGGAAGGACUCCCUGAAGGACUCCCCGCGCCAACCCACGAGGGAGGAGGAACCCCGCCAGCCCCGCAAGGAGUCCCUGAAGGAGUCUCCGCGCCAGCCCCUCAAGGAGGAGCCCCGUCAACCUCGCAAGGAGUCCCUGAAGGAGUCCCCGCGCCAGCCCACGAGGGAGGAGCCGCGCCAGCCUGUGCAGGAGCCCAUCAUUGUGCCCAAGUACAUCCACCCACUGGGAGGCGACGAAGACACCCCCAGGGACUCCCCGAGGGACUCUCCGAGGGACUCCCCGAGGGACUCCCCCAGGGAUGGCCCUAAAGACAGCCUCACCAUCACCUCCAGCACCCUUGUGAGAACCGCCAUGGCCUCCACGCUUCAAAGGCCCUCCGCCUCACGCUCCCCCACCCAGUCCCCAACACGUAGGUCCCCCACCCACUCCCCAAGGAGCUCCCCCGUCCGUCAGCCCACCAGGGAGCGCUCGCCCUCCCCAUCCCCCACCCCCAGGAGCAAGGAAGCCUCCCCCUCCCCUGUAAGGCGCCCCAGCAAGGAGACUUCCCCUGCACCUUUCACUAAGGAGUCCUCCCCCACCAGGUUCAUCACAGGCAAGCCAGUGGACAGCGGCGUGGACCUGACGAAGCUGCGCCGUAUUGAGAGAGUGGGAAGCAACAAGAAGCUGCUGGAAGACCUGGAAGUGCCCAAGAGUGACCUGCCGGAGUAUUUGCAAUCCAUCGAGACUAUCUUUGAUGUGACAUUACUGGAGACUAUGCUGGAGAAGGCCGUGUCCUAUGAAGAGAGACGCAUCAUCAGAGGUCAGAUCAGGUUGGCAAAGCGUCCCGGGGCACAGAGGACCACCACCACCACAACCACGGUCAAGAAGUCUUUGGAGCCACAGAGGAGGCCCGCUGAACCCGAAAGGCAGUCCGUGGAGCCAAAGUCACCCCGAAAGGUAUCCAAAGUUUCAACCGAACCCACCAGGAAAACUUCAAUUGAAACCUCCAUUACUAGGAAGGUUUCUGAAGCUAAAAUCUCGCUGGAAACCACAUCUACCACAAGAAAGGUUUCAGAACCCAGAGAACCUGUCGUGGAACCCGUCCGCAAACCGUCAAUGGAGAGUCCUAGGAAGGUUUCUGAAGCUAAAAUCUCACUGGAACCCUCAUCUACCACCAGGAAGGUCCCAGAGCCAAGGGAACCCGAAGAACCUGUCAAGAGGGUUUCAGAAUCUAGAGAACCUGCAGUAGAACCCGUCAGGAAGAUCCCCGAGCCUAAGGAACCCUCAGAACCCGUCCGGAAAGUCUCUGAAGCUAAAAUUACAAUUGAACCAACACGAAAACCGUCAGAUUCCAGCAGAGUUUUCCAGCCGACUACCCCAACCCAGCCGCUUCCCCAUCACCACAACCAAGAGGGCGCCCCCACCACCCCCCGCCACGCCCCCAUCAAGCGCCAGAAUUCAAAAACUGAUACCCUUGGCUUCGUCCUGUCACCAGAGAGAGACAGAGAUGGAAACCAAUUAGUGGGAACCAAAGGAAUUACUUAUAAAAUUAUGAUGUUUCAGUCUGCCGAACCGAGCCCCUCCUCCCGGGCCUCCCCCCCUCGUGAAGCCCGCCCCGAGGAGACGAUGAAACCAAUGGAACCACGAAGAUUUAUUCCAACGAAGCCAGACGAACCGCGAAAGGUCGAACCAGUGACCAAAACCACGAGUCGAUUUGGAACACCGCGAACCACGAACCAGCCCACGCCCCAGACCGCCACGCCCUCCAACGAGCCAUACGUGGAACCGCUGCGGUACCAGAAGAGCCAGAUUGGUACCCCUUCUAAGCCCGCGUCCCAGCAGAGUGACGUUGAUAAGAUUGUAAGCGCGUAUGGUGUGGGCCCUACCGAUGAGUUUGGCGUCCCUCUCUUCGGCCUCCAGGCGCUCAAACGGCGAACUCCCGCUGCUUCAGAGCCCGCCCCAGAACCGCAGGAGGCGCCGAAGGAAGAGGAGCCGUACGUCCCGAAGGAUGCAUUAGGGCGCCCUCUCUUUGGCCUUCGUUCUCUCCGCAAAGCUCCGCAGGACACCACUACCACCACCACCACCACUACCACAGCCACAGUGGAUCGAAGGGACACUACUCAAUCUUCAGUAGUCGAAGGAUCCCGCCUCACUGUGACGUCCCGUAGUACCAAGGUGACCAAAGAGCCUGAGGAAGAGGAAGAGGAGGAGGAGGAGGAGGAAGAAGAGGAAGAGGAAGAGGAGUCAUCUAGCUCCUCCUCCUCUGAUGAAGAGGAAAGAUCACCAAGACUCGUUAGAGGCGCAAGAGACGCGAUCAAGAGGACAGAGGAAGAGAUAGAGAGGAAGAAGAGAGAUAGAAAGGUUUCUCCCCACCCCUCCACCACCUCCAGCACCAUCACCACCGCCACCCUCUCAACGGCAAGGGAUACCAGCAAGCCAGAGACAGUUGACACGGACACGGACACUACAACAAGGUCCUGGCGGCAGAGGUCUGAGUACUCCACCACCACCACCUCCACCUCCACAUCCACUGCCUCCACCACAGACAAGCCCAAAGUGGAGAGGAAGCUGACUGGCAUUUUAAAGAAGACCUCCACCUCCAGUUUAUUAGGGGAGACGAAGGAAGACUCGUCAGUCAGCACCGUUAGCAAGGAACAAGUUGUGUCUACUGAUGAACUGCUCAAUACCCUAACUGAGGACCAAAUCUCGCGUCUGUCUCACGAGUUUGACCUGAGAGCACAAGAGGAUGGGGUGAUCAAGACCGAGGAGGCCCUGGAGGACGUGGAGGGCGGCUACAGGAUCUCCUCCAGAACCACAGGGGAGACGCCAGACGGUUCCUGCAAGUUUGCGAGAAAGACUUCGUACACUGAAAUAAAACUGCAGCCUACCGCGACUUGUGAAGGUGUUCGCCCAGAAGUCACCAACCUGCAGACACGUGACUCACCACGUACACAGCCCGACUCACCACGCACACAGCCACGUACACAGCCUGACUCACCACGCACACAGCCACGUACACAGCCUGACUCACCACGCACACAGCCACGUACACAGCCUGACUCACCACGUACACAGCCACGUACACAGCCUGACUCACCACGCACACAGCCACGUACACAGCCAGACUCACCACGCACACAGCCCGAGUCACCACGUACACAGCCUGACUCACCACGCACACAGCCACGUACACAGCCUGACUCACCACGUACACAGCUAGAUUCACCACGCACACAGAAACGCACACAGCCUGACUCACCACGUACACAGCCCGAGUCACCACGCACACAGCCUGACUCACCACGCACACAGAAACGCACACAGCCUGACUCACCACGUACACAGCCCGAGUCACCACGCACACAGCCAGACUCACCACGCACACAGCGAGACUCACCACGCACACAGCCACGUACACAGCCUGAGUCACCACGCACACAGCCUGACUCACCACGCACACAGCCACGUACACAGCCUGACUCACCACGCACACAGAAACGCACACAGCCUGACUCACCACGUACACAGCCCGAGUCACCACGCACACAGCCUGACUCACCACGCACACAGCCACGUACACAGCCAGACUCACCACGCACACAGCCCGAGUCACCACGUACACAGCCUGAUUCAUCACGCACACACCCACGUACACAGCCAGACUCACCACGUACACAGCCAGACUCACCACGCACACAGCCCGAGUCACCACGCACACAGCCUGACUCACCACGCACACACUUACGUACACAGCCCGAGUCACCACGCACACAGCCCGAGUCACCACGUACACAGCCCGAGUCACCACGUACACAGCGAGACUCACCACGUACACAACCAGACUCACCACGUACACAGCCCGAGUCACCACGCACACAGCCCGAGUCACCACGUACACACCCAGACUCACCACGUACACAACCUGACUCACCACGGACACUGGCGUACACACAACACCACACUGUGACGGAGAGAGUGAGUCAGUCUUUCAGUCAGUCAGUCAGUCAGGUCACGUCAGCAAGACUCAUAUUGGAGAGCCAGGCGUUGGUGAGGGACACGAGUGAGCCACACGAGUCGGAACGUGAAACCGAGUCUGAAGAGGAGGCAGAAAUUGAGCGGCAAAUCAAGAGGAAACCUGGAAAAGAGCCUCAUAUCAAGCCAGAAACCAAGAGGAAGGCUGAAAAAGAACCAGAAACCAAGAGGAAGCCUGAAAAAGAACCAGAAACCAAGAGGAAGCCUGAAAAAGAACCAGAAACCAAGAGGAAGCCUGAAAAAGAACCAGAAACCAAGAGGAAGCCUGAAAAACAACCAGAAACCAAGAGGAAGCCUGAAAAACAACCAGAAACCAAGAGGAAGCCUGACAAAGAACCAGAAACCAAGAGGAAGGCUGAAAAAGAACCAGAAACCAAGAGGAAGCCUGAAAAAGAACCAGAAACCAAGAGGAAGCCUGAAAAAGAACCAGAAACCAAGAGGAAGCCUGAAAAAGAGCCAGAGAUUAAGAGGAAGCUUAAAAAAGAGCCGGAAAUCAAGAGGAAGACUGACAAGGAGCCUCAGAGGGAGCCAGAAAUUAAGAGGAAGUCUCUAGACGAGCCACAAAUCAAGAGGAGGCCUGAUAAAGAGACAGGGACUAAGAGGAAGCCUGAUAAAGAGCCAGAAAUCAAGCGACCAGGUAGAGAGCCAGAAAUCAAGAGGAAGCCUGUCGAUGAACCAGAAAUCAAGAGGAGGCCAGAGAAAGAGUCUCAGAAAGAGCCAGAAAUCAAGAGGAAGUCUGUAGAUGAGCCAGAAAUUAAGAGGAGGCCUGGUGAUGGGCCAGAAAUCAAGAAGAGGCCUGGUGAUGAACCAGAAAUCAAGAGGAGGCCUGGUGAUGAGCCUGAAAAAAUCAAGAGAAGGCCUGGUGAUGAGCCAGAAAUCAAGAGGAGUCCUCGUGAUGAGCCAGAAACCAAGAGGAAGCCUGAGAAGGAGCCUCAGAGGGAGCCAGAAAUCAAGAGGAGUCCUCGUGAUGAACCAGAAAUCAAGAGGAGGCCUGGUGAUGAGCCAGAAAUCAAGAGGAGGCCUAGUGAUGAGCCAGAAAUCAAGAGGAGGCCUGGUGAUGAGCCUGAAAAAAUCAAGAGAAGGCCUGGUGAUGAGCCAGAAAUCAAGAGGAGGCCUGGUGAUGAGCCAGAAAUCAAGAGGAGGCCUGGUGAUGAGCCUGAAAAAAUCAAGAGAAGGCCUGGUGAUGAGCCAGAAAUCAAGAGGAGUCCUCGUGAUGAGCCAGAAACCAAGAGGAAGCCUGAGAAGGAGCCUCAGAGGGAGCCAGAAAUCAAGAGGAGUCCUCGUGAUGAGCCAGAAAUCAAGAGGAGUCCUCGUGAUGAGCCAGAAACCAAGAGGAGGCCUGAGAAGGAGCCUCAGAGGGAGCCAGAAAUAAAGAGGAGUCCUCGUGAUGAGCCAGAAAUCAAGAGGAGGCCUGGUGAUGAGCCAGAAAUCAAGAGGAGGCCUGGUGAUGAGCCAGAAAAAAUCAAGAGAAGGCCUGGUGAUGAGCCAGAAAUCAAGAGGAGGCCUGGUGAUGAGCCAGAAAUCAAGAGGAGGCCUGGUGAUGAGCCUGAAAUCAAGAGGAGGCCUGGUGAUGAGCCAGAAAUCAAGAGGAGGCCUGGUGAUGAGCCAGAAACCAAGAGGAGGCCUGGUGAUGAGCCAGAAAUCAAGAGGAGGCCUGGUGAUGAGCCAGAAAUCAAGAGGAGGCCUGGUGAUGAGCCAGGAAUCAAGAGGAGGCCUGGUGAUGAGCCAGAAAUCAAGAGGAGGCCUGGUGAUGAGCCUGAAAUCAAGAGGAGGCCUGGUGAUGAGCCAGAAAUCAAGAGGAGGCUUGGUGAUGAGCCUGAAAAAAUCAAGAGAAGGCCUGGUGAUGAGCCUGAAAUCAAGAGGAGGCCUGGUGAUGAGCCAGAAAUCAAGAGGAGGCCUGGUGAUGAGCCAGAAAUCAAGAGGAGGCCUGGUGAUGAGCCAGAAAUCAAGAGGAGUCCUCGUGAUGAGCCUGAAACCAAGAGGAGGUCUGGUGAUGAGCCAGAAAUCAAGAGGAGGCCUGGUGAUGAGCCAGAAAUCAAGAGGAGGCCUGGUGAUGAGCCAGAAAUCAAGAGGAGUCCUCGUGAUGAGCCUGAAAAAAUCAAGAAUAGGCCUGGUUAUGAGUCAGAAAUCAAGAGGAGGCCUGGUGAUGAGCCAGAAAUCAAGAGGAGGCCUGGUGAUGAGCCUGAAAUAAAGAGGAGGCCUGGUGAUGAGCCAGAAAUCAAGAGGAGGCCUGGUGAUGAGCCAGAAAUAAAGAGGAGACCUGGUGAUGAGCCAGAAAUCAAGAGGAGGCCUGAAAAAGAGCCAGAAACCAAAAGAAAGAUUGAAAAAGAGCCCGAAAUCAAGAGGAAGAUUAACAAAGAGCCAGAAAUCAAGAGGAGACCUGAAAAAGAGCCAGAAAUCAAGAGGAAACCUGACAAAAAACCGGAAAUCACCAAGAAGCCUAUAAAGGAGCCAGAAAUCAAGAGGAAUACUGAAAAAGAGUUAGAAAUCAAGAAGAAGCCUGACAAAGAGCCAGAAAUCAAGAGGAAGACUGCCAAAGAACUUCAGAAGGAGCCUGAAGCCAAGAGAAGUCCUGGCAAGGAGCCUCACAAACGCACGGAAAUCAAGAAGACACCUCGUGAUGAGCCAGAACUCAAGAGGAGGCCUAGUGGCGAGCCAGAAAUUAAGAGGAGGCCUGGUGAUGAGAAAGAUAUCAAGAGGAAACCUGAGAAGGAGCCUCAGAGGGAGCCAGAAAUCAAGAGGAGGCCUGGUGAUGAGCCAGAAAUCAAGAGGAGGCCUGGUGAUGAGCCUGAAAUCAAGAGGAGGCCUGGUGAUGAUCCAGAAAUCAAGAGGAGUCCACGAGAUGAGCCAGAAAUCAAGAGGAGGCCUGGUGAUCAGCCAGAAAUCAAGAGGAGGCCUGGUGAUGAGCCUGAAAAAAUCAAGAGGAGGCCUGGUGAUGAGCCAGAAAUCAAGAGGAGGCCUGGUGAUGAGCCUGAAAAAAUAAAGAGGACACCUGGUGAUGAGCCAGAAAUCAAGAGGAGUCCUGGUGACGAGCCAGAAAUCAAGAAGAGGCCUGGUGAUGAGCCUGAAAUCAAGAGGAGGCCUGGUGAUGAGCCAGAAAUCAAGAGGAGGCCUGGUGAUGAGCCAGAAAUCAAGAGGAGGCCUGGUGAUGAGCCAGAAAUCAAGAGGAGGCCUGGUGAUGAGCCUGAAAUCAAGAGGAGGCCUGGUGAUGAGCCAGAAAUCAAGAGGAGGCCUGGUGAUGAGCCAGAAAUCAAGAGGAGGCCUGGUUAUGAGUUAGAAAUCAAGAGGAGUCCACGAGAUGAGCCAGAAAUCAAGAGGAGGCCUGGUGAUGAGCCAGAAAUCAAGAGGAGGCCUGGUGAUGAGCCUGAAAUCAAGAGGAGGCCUGGUGAUGAGCCAGAAAUCAAGAAGAGGCCUGGUGAUGAGCCAGAAAUCAAGAAGAGGCCUGGUGAUGAGCCAGAAAUCAAGAGGAGUCCACGAGAUAAGCCAGAAAUCAAGAGGAGGCCUGGUGAUGAGCCAGAAAUCAAGAGGAGGCCUGGUGAUGAGCCAGAAACCAAGAGGAGGCCUGGUGAUGAGCCAGAAAUCAAGAGGAAGCCCGGUGAUGAGCCUGAAAAAAUCAAGAGGAGGCCUGGUGAUGAGCCAGAAAUCAAGAGGAAGCCUGGUGAUGAGCCUGAAAACAUCAAGAGGAGGCCUGGUGGUGAGCCUGAAAUCAAGAUGAGUCCCCGAGAUGAGCCAGAAAUCAAGAGGAGACCUGGUGAUGAGCCUGAAAUCAAGAGGAAGCCUGGUGAUGAGCCUGAAAAAAUCAAGAAUAGGCCUGGUUAUGAGUCAGAAAUCAAGAGGAGGCCUGGUGAUGAGCCAGAAAUCAAGAGGAAGCCUGGUGAUGAGCCUGAAAAAAUCAAGAAUAGGCCUGGUUAUGAGUCAGAAAUCAAGAGGAGGCCUGGUGAUGAGCCAGAAACCAAGAGGAGGCCUGGUGAUGAGCCAGAAAUCAAGAGGAGGCCUGGUGAUGAGCCAGAAACCAAGAGGAGGCCUGGUGAUGAACCAGAAAUUAAGAGGAGGCCUGGUGAUGAGCCAGAAAUCAAGAGGAGGCCUGGUGAUGAGCCAGAAAUCAAGAGGAGGCCUGGUGAUGAGCCUGAAACUAUCAAGAGGAGGCCUGGUGAUGAGCCAGAAAUCAAGAGGAGUCCUCGUGAUGAACCAGAAAUCAAGAGGAGGCCUGGUGAUGAGCCAGAAAUCAAGAGGAGUCCUCGUGAUGAACCAGAAAUCAAGAGGAGGCCUGGUGAUGAGCCAGAAAUCAAGAGGAGGCCUGGUGAUGAGCCUGAAAAAAUCAAGAGGAGGCCUGGUGAUGAGCCAGAAAUCAAGAGGAGGCCUGGUGAUGAGACUGAAAUCAAGAGGAGGCCUGGUGAUGAGCCAGAAAUCAAGAGGAGGCCUGGUGAUGAGCCUGAAAAAAUCAAGAGGAGGCCUGGUGAUGAGCCAGAAAUCAAGAGGAGUCCUCGUGAUGAACCAGAAAUCAAGAGGAGGCCUGGUGAUGAGCCAGAAAUCAAGAGGAGGCCUGGUGAUGAACCAGAAAUCAAGAGGAGGCCUGGUGAUGAACCAGAAAUCAAGAGGAGGCCUGGUGAUGAGCCAGAAAUCAAGAUGAGUCCCCGAGAUGAGCCAGAAAUCAAGAGGAGGCCUGGUGAUGAGCCAGAAAUCAAGAGGAGUCCCCGAGAUGAGCCAGAAAUCAAGAGGAGGCCUGGUGAUGAGCCAGAAAUCAAGAGGAGUCCUCGUGAUGAACCAGAAAUCAAGAGGAGGCCUGGUGAUGAGCCAGAAAUCAAGAGGAGUCCUCGUGAUGAACCAGAAAUCAAGAGGAGGCCUGGUGAUGAGCCAGAAAUCAAGAGGAGGCCUGGUGAUGAGCCAGAAAUCAAGAGGAGGCCUGGUGAUGAGCCAGAAAUCAAGAGGAGGCCUGGUGAUGAGCCUGAAAAAAUCAAGAGGAGGCCUGGUGAUGAGCCAGAAAUCAAGAGGAGUCCUCGUGAUGAACCAGAAAUCAAGAGGAGGCCUGGUGAUGAGCCAGAAAUCAAGAGGAGGCCUGGUGAUGAGCCAGAAAUCAAGAGGAGGCCUGGUGAUGAGCCUGAAAUCAAGAGGAGGCCUGGUGAUGAGCCUGAAAUCAAGAGGAGGCCUGGUGAUGAGCCAGAAUUCAAGAGGAGGCCUGGUGAUGAGCCUGAAAUAAUCAAGAGGAGGCCUGGUGAUGAGUCAGAAAUCAAGAGGAGGCCUGGUGAUGAGCCAGAAAUCAAGAGGAGGCCUGGUGAUGAGCCUGAAAUCAAGAGGAGGCCUGGUGAUGAGCCAGAAAUCAAGAGGAGGCCUAGUGAUGAUUCAGAAAUCAAGAGGAGGCCUGGUGAUGAGCCAGAAAUCAAGAGGAGGCCUGGUGAUGAGCCAGAAAUCAAGAGGAGGCCUGGUGAUGAGCCAGAAAUCAAGAGGAGGCCUGGUGAUGAGCCAAAAAUCAAGAUGAUUCCCCGAGAUGAGUCAGAAAUCAAGAGGAGACCUGAUGAUGAGCCUGAAAAAAUCAAGAGGAGGCCUGGUGAUGAGUCUGAAAUCAAGAGGAGGCCUGGUGAUGAGCCAGAAAUCAAGAGGAGGCCUGGUGAUGAGCCUGAAAAAAUCAAGAGGAGGCCUGGUGAUGAGUCUGAAAUCAAGAGGAGACCUGGUGAUGAGCCAGAUAUCAAGAGGAGACCUGGUGAUGAGCCAGAAAUCAAGAGGAGGCCUGGUGAUGAGCCUGAAAUCAAGAGGACCUCUCGUGUUGAAGUGAUGAGACUUGACAUGGAGCCUGGAAGUAAGAGGAAGCCAGACAGGGUUGUUGAAAAUAAGAGGAAGCCUCACAGAGAGCCAGACAUGAAGAGGAAGCCUGAGAGGGCGCCAGACAUGAAGAAGCAGCCUGAGCGGCAGCCCCAGGCGGCGAGGGCGGCGGGACAGUCUCCCAGGCAGCCCGUGGCCAGACAGCCUCAGCGCUCGUCGGUGCCGCAAGAGGCGUCCCCUGCUAGGAGGACGCCCCAGGAGGAGCCGCAGAAAGGAGGCAGGAGGCAGCAGCGCCCCGAGGCCCCGCGUGAGUCACCGCCGCGCAGGGUGCCUGAAAGCAGCCCCCGCACGGACCGCUGGUCGCCACAGCCUCGCAAGCCGUCCGUGGACUCCGGGCGGCGCGUGGCGGACACCCUGGUGGAGCGACGCACCGGUAGCCUGCAGUCGCUGUCCGCGGCAUCCACUACCAGCUCCGUGCCCAGCUACAUGCGUCCCCGCGGCGAGACCUGCGCCUGCCGCCGCCACACCCCGGAGCGCGACGUGCGCCAGGUGGAGGACACUCUGCUGCACGCCUACCAGUACACGCGCUGCACCAAGCGCCGCUCCGUCACGCGCCCCCUCACGGAGCCCCCGACCAGGCCUGACGCUGAUGGUGGCGGCGGCGGCGGCGGUGGCCUCUACUCUGUGUACUUCGCCCCCAGGGACGCCAGGCCCGCGCCGCGCCGCCCCGGGGACCCAGACCACGACACAGCGAGUGAACCAGGCGACCGCCGCCCUGGAGAACCAGGAUACUAUAGGCCCGGUGAACCAGGAGAACCAGGCGACCGCCGCCCUGGAGAACCAGGAUACUACAGACCCGGUGAACCAGGAGAACCAGGCGACCGCCGCCCUGGAGAACCAGGAUACUACAGGCCCGGAGAACCAGGAGAACCAGGAGACCGCCACCCUGGAGAACCAGGAUACUACAGGCCAGGAGAACCAGGAGAACCAGGCGACCGCCGCCCUGGAGAACCAGGAUACUAUAGGCCAGGAGAACCAGGCGACCGCCGCCCUGGAGAACCAGGAUACUACAGGCCAGGAGAACCAGGCGACCGCCGCCCUGGAGAACCAGGAUACUACAGGCCAGGAGAACCAGGAGAACCAGGAGACCACCGCCCUGGAGAACCAGGAUACUACAGGCCCGGAGAACCAGGAGAACCAGGCGACCGCCGCCCUGGAGAACCAGGAUACUACAGGCCAGGUGAACCAGGAGAACCAGGCGACCGCCGCCCUGGAGAACCAGGAUACUACAGGCCCGGAGAACCAGGAGAACCAGGCGACCGCCGCCCUGGAGAACCAGGAUACUACAGGCCAGGAGAACCAGGAGAACCAGGCGACCGCCGCCCUGGAGAACCAGGAUACUACAGGCCAGGAGAACCAGGAGAACCAGGCGACCGCCGCCCUGGAGAACCAGGAUACUACAGGCCAGGAGAACCAGGCGACCGCCGCCCUGGAGAACCAGGAUACUACAGGCCAGGUGAACCAGGAGAACCAGGCGACCGCCGCCCUGGAGAACCAGGAUACUACAGGCCCGGAGAACCAGGAGAACCAGGCGACCGCCACCCUGGAGAACCAGGAUACUACAGGCCAGGAGAACCAGGAGAACCAGGCGACCGCCGCCCUGGAGAACCAGGAUACUACAGGCCAGGAGAACCAGGCGACCGCCGCCCUGGAGAACCAGGAUACUACAGGCCAGGAGAACCAGGAGAACCAGGAGACCGCCGCCCUGGAGAACCAGGAUACUACAGGCCCGGAGAACCAGGAGAACCAGGCGACCGCCGCCCUGGAGAACCAGGAUACUACAGGCCCGGAGAACCAGGAGAACCAGGCGACCGCCGCCCUGGAGAACCAGGAUACUACAGGCCCGGAGAACCAGGAGAACCAGGCGACCGCCGCCCUGGAGAACCAGGAUACUUCAGGCCAGGGGAACCAGGAGAACCAGGCGACCGCCGCCCUGGAGAACCAGGAUACUACAGGCCAGGUGAACCAGGAGAACCAGGCGACCGCCGCCCUGGAGAACCAGGAUACUUCAGGCCAGGGGAACCAGGAGAACCAGGCGACCGCCGCCUUGGAGAACCAGGAUACUACAGGCCAGGGGAACCAGCAGACCGUCACCUGGGAGAACCAGGCGAACCGGGACGCUACAGACCAGGGGAACCGGGAGAAGCAGGCUGGCGGUUCACCACACGCACAGUCACGCGUCGCGAAGACUUCCGUGACCCGCGGCCUGGAGACUGGUACCUCGAGGCGCGCGAGACCCAAGACGAGAGGCGGCAGGUGGAGGAGCGCCGCGAGGACAGUGACUACACGCUCACCACCCGAGGCCACGAGACCGGCAGCCGUGACCUCCACACCCAGAGACAGUACGAGACUUCCGUUCUCUCCCACGAGGACAUCCGCGCCCAGGACCUGCAGACUCGUGCCCAGAGAGAGUACGAGACCUACGAGACCAGUAGGGAAGAUUACAGCAUUCAGAGGCAGAGCGAGGACACAUCCAAGGCCCACGAGGAAGUUCGAGACAGCAAGGAAUACGAGAUACGGACACAGAGAGAUCACGAGACCAGUGAGAAGGAUUAUCAUAUUCAGAGACAGAGCGAGGACACAUCCAGCACACACGAGACCACCUCCACCGCUUACCAGGACAUUCGUGACCGCAAAGAGUACGAGAUACGUGCCCAGAGGGAGUACGAGGCCAGUGUUCAGGAUCACAGCACUCAGAGGCAGCUCGAGGCCACAUCCAGCUCCUACAAGACCAGUGACCGUACCCACGAGGAUAUCCGAGGACGCAAAGAGUACGAGAUACGAGCCCAGAGGGAGUACGAGGCCAGCGAGCAAGAUUACCGUAGUCAGAGGCAACGCGAGGCCGCAUCCAGCACCCACAAGACUAGUUCCUAUGUCUACGAGGACAGUCAGGCACGGAAAGACCAGGAAAUUCGUACACACAGCGAGAACGAGGCGAAAACACGAGCGAGUCAGGAGGCGGAGUCAGGUGGCCUCGAUACACACACGUACACACACACAGUCCACACACAAGACGAGACUGACGCAACACGCGACUCCACUCAUCUCCACCACCGCCAGGCCCCCCAUGCCCCUCCACUGUCCUCGGGGGGCCAGGUGGAGGGGCGCCCUGGGGUUCUCCACGCCGACAGUAGUGGACGCCAGGUGACCUCCUCGUCCAGCGCCACCGUGCAGUCGACCUCCUCCACCUUCCAAAGCAGCAGGGGCGGAGAGGAGGCAGACAUGAGGGAAGGAAGAAGCUUUUAGAAGAUCGUUCGAAAGUCACUGGGAUUACGGAUGUCCUGAGCAGAAUGGGAGCAACUGAGGCUGUUGACCAGGAGGCGAAGGUCACAUCAGACGACCAGGCGCGUUCCCUACUCAACCGGUUCCUGGGAGCACAAGUGUUGAUGUCUGGUGUGGAGUCUAUGAUGGCAUCCUCUUCUGUUAGUGAGGCUUCGAGAAUGGAGAUGGACGCUGAAGGGAAAACAACAAUAACAAAGGUAUCUGGCGGGCACUCCACCUCCACCGCAGCCAAGGAUGGGGAAAUAACACACCACCAGGCUUCCACCUUCUCCACCCAGCCCGUCACCACCACCAUCACCGCCUCCUCCACCUCGUCUGCUGCUAUCCAGGGUGAACCGGUGUUAGUGAGCGGCGUGAAUAUUAAUGAAGUGACAGACACAGACCGACUAAACCAACUGCUUGACUCGUGCGGUGAAUAUGACGAUAGACGGAGAAUUAGAAUGCGCCUCAAGUUCCUUAUGGCGGAAAAAAGAGGUGACAAGACCGCGGUGUCCCCCUUCGGUACCACAGGGAGUGACCUGAGGGGCUCCACACAGGGUUCCUACUCCCAAAAGUCCUUCUCCUCCAGUUACUCCACCUCCUCCUCCUCCUCCUCCUCCAGAGUUGCCACGUACUCCUCCAAAACUGACAAGUCCAAGACCUCCCCCUUUGAGAAGUUUAAGAAGCUAGACUCACAACAGUCACCCCGCCCGGCCAAGGAGUGAAGAUCGAGAAUUUCAGCACGAGUUGGAACGAUGGGAUGGCUUUCUGUGCUCUUGUUCACCAUUUCUACCCUGAUGCCUUCGACUUUGAUAAGCUGAACCCCAAAAACAGACGUUAUAACUUUGAACUUGCUUUCCGUGUUGCUGAUGAGAGAGCUGGUGUGAUGCCCUUGCUGGACGUAGAGGACAUGGUCAUGAUGAAGAAACCUGACUGGAAAUGCGUCUUCACCUACGUACAAUCACUAUACAAAAGAUUCAAGGACGAGUGAAGAGUGAAGAGCUUAUUAUGGAGCUAUCACGAACGCCACCCCGCCCCACCGCGCCGCCCCGUGCUUCCCCUGGCGCCGACGGUGGUGGUGAUGGUGGUUGAGCUCCGUUUUCUUUAAAGGUCCUCAGGGGUCCCUUAAAUAUUCUUAAAUGUGUCCCUUUCUGUGCGUGUGUGUGUGUGUGCGUGUGUGUAUGUAUGUGAGUGUGUACGUGUGAGUGUUUUCUUAUUAUUACUGUCAAUUAUUACUAUUACUACUAUCUCUAUCGUUAUUAAUAUUUAUUUUCUCUUUUUCUUUCCUACUACUACUACUACAACUACUACUAAAAUACUUUUAUUAUUAUUUAUUUAUUUAUUCCGUCCCUCUCAGCUUAUCUAGUUAUUUACAUUCUCUCUCUCUCUCUCUCUCUCUCUCUCUCUCUCUCUCUCUCUCUCUCUCUCUCUCUCUCGUUUCAAUGAUUUUCGGGACCAACGCAUCCAGACAGAGGCAUCACAAAGGAAAACAAACGAAAAACAAACGAAGAAUAUCCCACGCGUCUGUUUGAAAAAGGUCAAAGUUUUUUCGAGGAAGAUAGUUUAAAACUCUUUCUUUCUUAAUUUAUUCUUUUUAAAUUAUUGGUGUAUUUCUUCUUAUCUCUCUUUAAAUAUUUAAUUACGUUUAAAGCCAUCAUGUUGUUCCUCCUAUGUGUGUGUUUGUAUGUACGUUAGCUCUUAAGUAUGAGUGUGGCGGGGCUAAACACACACACACACACACACACACACAUGUACGUAUAAAUCCGCACAUGGCAUCCUUCUCAUGUACGUUUGAGAGGUAAACACAUACGUACACACAUUUUAUAUAUGCUAAUAUAUAUAUAGUAAUGCGUGUGUGUGCGUGUGUGCGUGUGCGUGUGUGUGUGUGAGGUUUUAGCAUCAGUGAAGCAAAUUUUGGAGCUUCAUUCCUUUAAAUAUACGACAAAAACACUUGCACUGCCCCCCUGCCCCUCCCGAGCCCCCCAGUACAGGGAGCAGCGCCCCCCCACCGCCCCGAGGCCCACAGACACCCGCCGCGCCUCUGCCACACCCAUAACCCGUGCUGUGUUUAUAAUAUUAUUGAAAAGCUCAAUUUAUUACUACUACUACUACUGCUACUAUUACUAUUACUAUUAUUACUAUUAUCUGCUGUUUAUAUAUAUAUUUUACUGCAGACUACUCAAUAUUUAACUACUACUAUUACUACUAUGACUGCUUCUAUGCAUAGUAAGAGAAAUAUCCUUUUAUGCUUUUAUAUAUAUAUGUAUGUAUGUAUGUCUGCUAUUACAUAAUGAAGUAAUAUAUUGUUCUCUCUCUCUCUCUCUCUCUCUCUCUCUCUCUCUCUCUCUCUCUCUCUCUCUCUCUCUCUCUCUCUCUCUCUCUCUCUCUCUCUGGUAUCAAGGUUCAUUUUAAUUUUAUCGUACGUAAUUUUAGGAAUAAGCCUAACAUUUUUGGGUCUCGCUAUAUUUUCCCCCAUAAGUUAAGAAAAUGUGCAAGAAUUUAAAGAUAGUUCACAUUUAAGUCAUUUUAUUUCAUCUUCUAUUAUUAUUACUCUUUCUCUCUCUCUCUUUCUUUCUUUUUCCCCUCUCUCUCUCUCUCUCUUUGGCAGAUAUUUAGAUCUUGUUUUGAUUUUUUUGCUUCCUCGCUUUAUAUUAAAGGUUACAUGGUGCUCUGUUGCCGAUAAUAAAAGAUAUAUAUGAAAAAAAAAA